CGUUUCCCGCGCGGACUCUUCCGCUUCCGGCGCCCGGAGGCUCCGCCCCUCGGCCCGGCCACGCCCCUCGCGCGCUGCUCCCGCGCCGCUGCGCCACGAUCGGGACCGACCAUGAACGAACCGUAGCCCCCCCCGGGCACCAUGGCGGAGGGCUGGGUGGAAUGUCCCGCGCUGGGGCCCGGCUGGAAGCGCCGGGAAGCGUUCCGGAAGUCGGGAGCCACCUGCGGCCGCACCGACACCUAUUACCAGAGCCCCACAGGGGAGAAGUUUCGGAGCAAGAUUGAGCUGAGCCGGUUCCUUGGACCCGAACGGGACCUCGGCAACUUUGACUUCAAGAAUGGGCUGGAGCGUCCUACCCCCCCCAAAGCCCGGAAGGGCUCCAAAUGGCCCCAAACCCAGGGCCCCCCCCCGGGCCCCUCCCCGGAGCCCCCCCCCUCCCCGGAGGAGCCGGUGGGCGGGGCUGAAGCUGCGGAGGCCCCGCCCCCGGUGAUGGAGACCCCGCCCCCUGUGGUGGUGGAAGCCCCGCCCCCGGCGAAAUCGGCCACGCCCCCUCCUCCAGAGGAGGCUCCGCCCCCUCCUCUGCCGGACCCGCCCCUCCCGCGGCGCACCCGGAAGCGGCCCCCUCCGGAGCCCCCCCAGCAGGGGGCGGUCAUGUCCUGUGCCGGAUGCCAGGGGCUGUUCCCGCGGGUGACGCUGCCGAGUCAGCGCCGGUGCCGCUGGCUGUGCCCGGAGUGCAGGGCGCGCAGAAGGGACUUCAACCGCGAGCAGCGCUUCUUCAAGCGGGUUGGCUGCGGCUCCUGCCAGGCCUGCCGCAUCCCCCAGGACUGCGGCAUCUGCAGCGCCUGCUCCCGCCCCCCCCCGGCCCAGGGCCCCAAGUGCCUCCUGCGGCGCUGCCUGCGCAUCGUCAAGAGGGGCCUGGGCUGUGGCUCCUGUCCCGGCUGUGUGGCCACCGAGGACUGUGGCUCCUGCUGCAUCUGCCUGCGCCGCCUCCAGCCCGGCCUCAAGCGCCAAUGGCGCUGCCUGCGCCGCCGCUGCCAGCAGCCCAAGAAAUCGACCAGGAAAAAGACCAGCAGUGCCCGGACGAUGAAAUGGAAGCUCCCCCAGGAGCGGGAGCCCAGCACCGCCCCCAACACCAGGCACAGGAAGCAGCUGAACAAGGGGAAGGAGAAGAAGAAGCCGGGGAGACCCCCAAAACCCCCCGGGGGCCGCGGGGGGGGGGCCAAGGAGCAGGCAAUGAGGGGGGGUGAGAAGGGCCUUGGGCCCCCCCCGCCGGGCCCCCCCAUGUGCAUCAAGGAGGAGGCGGGACCCCCCCUCCGGAGCAACCUGCAGGACCCCCGCUUGGGGCUUCUCAUUGCCUCGGCCCCACGGCUUAAAGUGGCCCCCCCGGCACCGAGCGUGACCCCGAGACCGCCCCCCCCCGGGGACCUGGGGGUCCUCAUCGCUGCCACCCCCCGGGUGAAGCAGGAGCCGCCACAGCCCAGCGCAUCCCUGGUACCGGUGCCCCCCCGGUUCCCCCCCCGGCAGGUGGUGGUCGUGGAUGAGAGCGAGGAGGAGGAUGAAGGCGGCUGCAGAGUGCCCCGCCCACUGCCCCCCAGCGCCCCCUACUGGCCGGGCUCGUUCCUGGCCGAGCUGGCGGAGAUCCCCCUGCCCGCGCACUGGGGGGUGGUGGGGGAGGAUGAGGAUGGCUCUGCCCCUCCCCCCCCGUCCCCCACCCCCCUCCUUCAUCACCAUCAUCAUCAUCAUCAUCACCCUAUGGGCCCAGGGCUCCGCUUGGUCCAACGCUCCCCCCGCUCCCCCAUGGCGGCCACCGUAGUGCUGCUGGCCCCGGGCCUGGCCUUCCGGGUCCUGGUAGCCCGGGGGCGACCGGUGCCCCCCGGUCACGAGGUCCUGACCCGGCGCCCCCCGCGCCUGCGCUCUGUGGAUGACCUCGUGGAGCUGCUGUGUGACCUCGAGGCCUACCGGCCGUGCCCCGGCCCCCCCGGGGCCACGCCCCGCCCCCCGGCCCCGCGGUGCCAGGUCCUAGUGCCCGCCGGGCGCUGCUGCCGGCCCUGCGCCAUGGUGGGGGAGGGGGAGUGA